GGUGUUUCAUAUUAAAGUAAUGUAAAAAAUAUAUAAUUUAGUAAAACCAAAAGUGCACGUAUUAUAUUUUGUUUAUGUAAUAAUGACAGUUUCUUAAUCCUAAUUUACACUGUACUAAUAAAAUUGAUUAUUUUUGUAAACCAGUUUUUAAUAUUAAGGUCAAUUGUAUCAAAGAUACCCAGUUCACUGUAGCACACCGUAUAGUUUACAAACAUAUUUCGUAAAUACGAAAUAGCAAUGUCUGAUCCUACUAUUCAAACUUUCUGCUGUCAUCAUACUGGUAGUAAAGAAGACUUGGCAAUUAGAAUUAUGGACGAAUUUAACACCGAAUCUUAUAAUAUUGUGUGCUUAGUUUCUUCAACUAUAGGUAUAAUAGGUUCGAUUUAUCAGAUUUUUCCAUGUAAAAUAUCAAGUCAUUCAGAUGGGUUUGGAAAUAAGACAAAUUCCCGAGCAAGAAAUAUCAUAAUUUGGCUAGCUGUUGCAGAUUUAAUGGCAUCUUUAGGAGUUCUUGUGCGCUCAUCACUUUGGUUAAGAUAUAAAAGUAUUAUACCUUUACCAGAUGAUGAAAUAAGUGUGUUAUUCUGCAGCAUAACUUCUGCAUGGACUCAAUACUUUUAUACAGCUACUUGGUUUUGGACUCUAUUUUAUGCUAUAGACACUUUGAGAACAAUCAAAGGUCGUGAUUCUCACCCAACACUUUAUCAUUCCAUUGCUUGGGGUGUUCCUGCCGCGACUACUGGUAUUGGUUUAUCUAUACUGUACAUUCCUAAUGCAACAUGUCAUAAUUUAAAAACAGUAACAAGUGCUUUCUUAAGAAUUCUACCAAAUUACUGUGCAACUUAUGUUCCAAUAGCAAUGGUCAUGAUUGUUAACCCUGUGCUAUACAUAUUGGCUGGCAAAGAAGUGGAGAUGACUGUAGCCUUACCACUUGCCCAGUUUACUAGCAAAGAGCGAAGGGUUGUUGACACACUAAAAUUGAAGUUUUUCCUUAUCAAUGUGGUAUUUUAUGUGUGCUGGUUACCAAAUCUUGUGAAUGGCGUAAUGAUAUGGACAAUGUGGUUCAAUAUGCCUGUGAAAAUUAUUAUCUCUGUGUGGUAUAUAAUGGCUUUGAUGAAUCCAAUGCAAGCAUUGCUUAAUGCUUUAGUUUACAGAAGGUGGAAUACAAAUGGUAAAAAGUAUAGACCUACAUUUUCAUCUAUACAUAAAGAAUUAAAUUUGCCUGAUGAACUGUCACCACUUUUGGGUUCAGAACCUCCUCGUAUGCAAUUGUCGCCUUUGCCUCCCGGUAUUAAUAAUUAUGCUACAAUGUAACUACAAGUUAUUACGACAUUGAAGUCUCACAAAUUAGGAUAUAUUAAGGGUACUGUUUCUUAAGACUGCUUUUUUGAUAUAUUUACAAUUUUAAUAAUUGUGGUGCAAUAUGUACCACUUAACGAUUUUUAGCAAAUAAUAAUAUUAUGCGAAUGUAGAUGUGUGGUUAGUCAAAUAUUUAUGAUAUGCUAAUGUGUUUCUGAUUGUGUGAAUAAUGUAUUUUAUAUUUGCAUUCUACCAUUUUAAAUAUAAUAUUAUGAUACAUAAUUUAAUAUACAAUAUUUGUGUGCUUACUUAUCAUAAGUAUAUUAAGAUUAAUUUUACUAAACAUUCAACACCUCAGCAUUCAAUAUAAAAUAUAAAUCUCAAUUUUAUUACCAGUUAAGUUAUGGCUAUAAGUUCCUUCACAGUGAUGCAUGUUACCAGUGCUUAAACCAAAUAAUUUUAUUUAUACACCAUUUUUUGUAUUCUAUACAUGUUUAGAUUGGUAUAGUGCAAUAAACUUAUUUAGACUGAUCAGUAAAAGUUAAACUAAGAAUUUAUUUUGUCAUGUCUCCAGUUUCAUUUUCCAAAUCUUCAUAUUUUCUGAGAGAAUAAAAGACAAUAACAGUGCC